AUUGGUAACCUUCGUUACAAUCCCGAACUACUUUGCUCUUUUUAUUUUUUGGUUUUUGUUUGCUUUUCCUUUUCUAUUAUUGGGUCUGUUUUGAUUGAGGUUUUGGUGGGAUCGAUGACGUUCGGGUUAACAUUUUCAGUGCGUAGAUGAAUUUGGCGUUGCUUUUUUCAGCAUAUGGUUUUUAAAUUUGGAACGAGUAUUUUGGGCGAUGAAGUUAGAAAUACUUAAAAAGGUGCUUGAAAUUGGAAGUUAGAUGCAGAAUUAAGAAGGGAUAUAGAAGUUAAUAUGGAGGCAUGGGAAGAUGAAGAAAGUGGGAUAUGUGAUCUUGCUUGGAAGGAAGGGUUGGAAAAUUACAAACGCAGGUGUCGUGAAUUUGAAGAGAGGUGUAAGAAAGAUGAGGAGAGAUGCAGGGUGUUGGAAUUGGAGGCUGUGCAGAGGCAGAGGGAAUUCGAAUUGCUUGAGGCCAAGUUUAAGAGAUUGGAAGCUGAAAAGCUUGCAACUGAACAGGAGGAUGAGAUUUCAAAGAGAAGGGUUGCUGAACUCAAAGAGCGAGUUUCUCUGAUUCAAGGGGUUGGCAAUGUUGGAGGAGAUGGAAAGAGAACUACAGAGACAAUUGUUGAUUUGACAUAUGAGAAUGAAGAUGAAGACAAGGUUGUUCACCUAAUGGUUGAGAAUAGGGUCUUGGAAUGUGAGAAGAAACAUGCUGAAGCUGAAACUAAGGUUUGGGAAGAGAAGUGUAAAGAAUUGGGUGCGAGAGUUAUAAAAUUGGAGGAAAGUUUGAGAAUGAGAUGUGGGUGGAAUUCAUCUGGAGGAAAUAGGGAUUUUCAUGAAGGAGGUGGGGCAAAGGAUUCGAGCAAUGCAAGGAAGAUUGAAGAUGAAUUGGACAGCUUAGCCAGUUGGGACCGUGGGCAAACCAAAGAGACAAUGAUGGAUUCUGUGGAUUGUAUGCAAAGAGUUCAUGAUUCCAUGGGUGCAAAACCAAUCUCUCAUUCUCAUCCCCAGGAGAAAGCAAUCACAGGGCUGCAAGCAACAGGCACACUUUCUAUCAACACUCCAGAGCAGCGCUCUGUAGACAUUAGGGGAGAACAAGGAGGUAUCCAGUUACAAACACGCAGGAGAUAUGGCAACCAAGUCAGAAAAAAAUUGGUUUUUGGAGAACAGGGAAGCCUUAAUAGAAAGAUAGCUCCAUCCAUUGCCAGUUUGUCAAAGCCUGCAUCUGUUGGCAUCAUUGAUAUCAGUGACAACGAUGAUGAACCUGAUAAUAUCCAGUUGCCUACUCCCGAAGUUUGUCAAAGUAAAAUGGUUUCUGUUUCAAAUGAACAUGCACUAGAACAUAAGAAAAUGAUUUCUGAGAACAGUUUGAAGAGGCCAUGUAUAGAUCAGAGUGAUGAGGAAGAUAUGAACGAUUGCAAGGAAAAUCUCCUUGCUAUAUCAAUCCCCAAAAGAAGACGAACAUCAAAUAUAGUAACUAGUGAUGCUGAGAGUGACAGUGAUGAUGAUAAUGUUCCAAUUUGUAAACUCAAGAGGAAGCAUCUCGACAGAUUGGUGCAUGACCCCACAGGUUCUCAUUUGAAUACCUGUUCAGUAGCUUCUGCAUCUCGGUUUGAUAAUGUCAUAGAUUCUGUAAUCCCACCAAGACGGCGUCUAAUGUCAAUGAGGCAAUGUGAAGAAAAAGGUUGCUUGGCAACAAAUUCUUCAGUCAAUCUGACAACCAGUGAAACUAAAUAUGAUCAAGGGAUCCCAACAACUGAGGAGGUUGAACAUGAAGAAAUAGAAGAGAUUGAAUCAUACAGCGAGAGUGAGAGCUCGGAUGGAUUUAUCGUUGACAAGUCUGAUGUCUCUGAUGCUGAUGAUGCUUCUAGUCACUCGGAAGAUGUUUCUGAUGGCAGUGUAGACUUUGAGGAUAUCUUAUCUAAAAUUCAGAGGAGCAGAAAGCCUAAAUCAGUAUGGGAUUUUGAGGCAGACAUGCUUGCAGCAUUUGGUAAAGAUCCUGAGCUGUGCAUGAGGGCUGUUUGUGCUCUCUAUCGGCAGCAAACUUGUGAUGAAAAGGGCAGUAAAGAUACGUUGUAUCACAACCAACGAGGGUUUAGCAAGUUGGAUGCGUUCAGGGGCAGUAAAGUGGCUGAGUUCCUCACUGAUGGAGACCCAAAGGGUGAGAUGAACAAGUCUGUUAAGGAGUUGCAAGGGUUCGAUCCAGAAGCGCUUGAAUUAUGCAAAACUCUGGCAACUCAUUACUCCAAGCAGCUGUUUGAAAUUUACAAAAACAAAGAAGACCCUUUGUUUCACCCUCCAUGAAAUGUCCCUUGAUGAAUGUGAUUGUGAGGGUUCUCGGAGCUGAAGACCUCUGCCAGAAUUAAUUCCCAGAGGAUGGUUUUUUGUUAGUUCCCCAUUCUCUGCAGGGUAAUAGUCAUUUUCCAUCCAGUUCUGCGUUGUGUAUAUUACUAUUGCUGCUAUAUAUGAAGUACAAAUAUGUAUAUUCCCUUUUAUCUUGUCCAAGGAACAGGAAAUAGUGCAUCCCCAGUUCUCUGUUUAAAUUGUACUGGAGACUGGUUGCUUCUGUGAUGAUAGAAUGCUUGUGCUACGAUAUUCAAGUCUGGGCUGUGAAAGAUGAAAUUUGGAGUUCUCUC